AUGAGUCACCAAGACCCUCACCAACAGCAGCCACAGCACCAGCAGAUUCGGAGGGACAAAGUGAGAGUUCAAGGCUUCGAGCCACAACAAACUUUGGUUCCCAUAGAGGAAGACGAAUCGGGAAGCCUCCCGGUGUACGAAACCGCGGGCAUGUUGUCGGAGAUGUUCACUUUCCCUCCCGGCGCCGCCACGGAAUUGUUGGAGCAACAACAGCCACAGCAACAACAACAACCAAUGACGACGACGUUUCGGUCGGCGAGGGCAGUGGGCAGUGGUGGCAGCGAGUGGUACGGAAACAGACAAGGGAUGUUAACUGGGUUGGGACCGUUGGGAGAUUCCAAGAAUCAUCAUCAUCAUGGCAGUGUGAAUAGCCGUGACAGUAGCAGCAGCAGCAUUCAGCAUCAGCAUCAUCAUCAUCACCACAACCACCAUCAUCACCAUCAGAUGUCGAGUAUUAAUCCAGACUCUGCAGCUGCCAUGCAGCUUUUUCUCAUGAACCCGCAAACCACCAGAUCCCCUUCUCCCCCUCCUCCUCCUUCUUCCACUCUCCACAUGUUACUUCCCACUUUUCCUCCAGGCUCAGGAGGGUCUUUUGGUCAAUUCACGUGGCUGCCCGACACUGCUCAAGAUGGAGGAGGACCCAGUACUCUAGUGGAAGGCCCUGGUCACGGCCAAAGCCUUUCCUUGUCUUUGUCCUCCUCCUUAGAAGCUGCAAAAGCGGAGGAACUCAGGAUGGGGGAUAGUGGGUUUUUGUAUUACAAUCAACCAAGUGGAGGACCCUCUUCCUAUAAGAGUGCUCUUGGGGGUCAUCACCACCAAGCAUUGUUGGGACAGACCCACCAGGCACAUGUUGGCUUUGGAGCAUCAUCGUCCACAUCAUCCUUAGGUGUUGUCAAUGCGUUGAGGAAUUCAAAGUAUGUCAAGGCUGCUCAGGAAUUGCUUGAGGAGUUUUGCAGUGUUGGGAGGGGCCAGUUCAAGAAGAACAAGUUCAAUAGGCAACUUUCAAACCCUAGUUCCAAUCUUGGAGGCAGUGGUGGCGGCGGCGGUGCUUCCUCGUCUUCAACAAAGGAUGUCCCUCCUUUGUCAGCAGCUGAUAGGAUUGAGCAUCAAAGGAGAAAGGUCAAACUUCUAACAAUGCUUGACGAGGCAUGUAAUCUUUCUCUCUCUCUCUCUGGAUUCUUCAUACCCUCUCUCAUUCUUCUAGAGUCAAGAAACCCAAGCACAUUCGUCAUUCGCAUUGACCGUACUGUGGAUCGGAGAUAUAGCCACUACUGCGAGCAAAUGCACAUGGUGGUGAACUCGUUUGACAUGGUGAUGGGUUUUGGUGCUGCGGUGCCAUACACAGCACUUGCGCAGAAAGCAAUGUCUCGUCACUUCAGGUGUCUAAAGGAUGCGAUAACAGCGCAACUGAAGCAUAGUUGUGAGAUGUUGGGAGAGAAAGAUGGGGCAGGGAACUCAGGGUUGACCAAAGGAGAGACCCCAAGGCUCAAGUUGCUUGAACAAAGUUUGAGACAGCAAAGAGCGUUUCAUCAAAUGGGGAUGAUGGAACAGGAAGCUUGGAGACCCCAGAGAGGGUUGCCAGAACGAUCUGUCAACAUUUUGAGAGCCUGGCUUUUCGAGCAUUUCCUUCAUCCGUAUCCAAGCGAUGCAGAUAAGCAUCUGUUGGCACGACAGACUGGGCUAUCGAGAAAUCAGGUAUCAAACUGGUUCAUUAAUGCGAGGGUUAGAUUGUGGAAACCCAUGGUGGAAGACAUGUACCAACAAGAACUCAAGGAAGCUGAAGGGGCAGAAGAGGAGAGAGAGAGGAAUCAAAGCAGCAGCAACAACAGUGGCCACCAGCUGGCACAAACCCCAACGCCCUCCACCACAGCAUCGACAGCAACAGCGCCACCACCGCCACCAACAACAUCGACAGCGACGACACCACCAACCGCCAAAAGAUCCGACACCGAAAGCGACACUUCACUCGCCCCAAUAAAUAACAACAGGCCACAGGGAGCCUUCUCGGAAACACAACCUAACUCCGCCACCACCGCCACCGCCUCUGAGGUGGCGCCUCCCUCCGAGCUCUCCCGCUCGAUGGUGGCCGACGAAUCGUGCCGGCACGGUACCCUUGUUGCGACGGAGUUUGGGACCGGUUCUGGUGCUUCUGACAUUGGUUCGACACUGAUUAGGUUUGGGACCACCGCUGGUGACGUGUCACUGACACUAGGGCUACGUCACGCCGGGAACAUGCCGGAGAAAACUCCGUUCUCCGUUAGGGACUUUGGAGGCAUUUAA